AUGGGUCGUCGACUGCUGUGGGCUGUGCUCAUUUCCAGCGCGGAAGCAGAGAGCUGGGAAAGGUGCCAGGAAGAUUUCGCAAAUCUCAGGGUGCCAUGCGCUGUCGGAGCUCCCAAUACCUUUCGUCCAUUCGUCCAUCUUUCGGAGCGAGUGUCCUUUCUGUCUAUGGCGGAUCAAAGCCGAGAGACAAUGAAAUGCUGCCAGAGCGCACAGUUGCGAGUUUGGGAACUGGGCUUUUUUGCAGCAUACUACUUGACCCGGGCGCGGCAAGUGGUACAAGACCAGAAGGUUUUGAGGACGCUGGAGUGGCUCUUUGAGUCGGUGGGCAACGAAGUUCACUAUGGCAUCUUCUGCGGCCCGAUGAGCUGUGAUCAGGAUGUCAUUGGCCAGUUAGUCAUGCAGCAGCUGGUAGAGAGGUUGAUGGAUGAAAAGAAAAUGAGCCUCCCAAAGGACUUUGUGGUUGCACGGAACGAGACCUCCGCGGACGAACUCGCCCCAUGGCGGGAACUGCCCGUGGAUUUUGUAGUCGCUGGGAUGCCACACUGCGGCACCAGCUCCAUGCACAAAAACCUCUACAAGCAUCCUGACAUUGACUUCACUUUGGGUGAUUUCGAGGAGGAUUACAGCAUUUUCGCUCAAGGCCAGCGCAAUAAACUGUUGCCAACAAAGGCACAACUUGAGAAGCACAAGGAGCAGAUCGCAUCAUCUGUGAGGAAAAACAAUGUGAAAUUGAUGGGACUCAAGAAUCCUAUCAUUGCAAUGUAUCCGCUGUCGUACUACAGCAUCUUCUUCAUAAAAAGAAUCAAACUGAUUUUGAUGGUGUGCGAUCCCGUCGGACGACUGGAGAGGAGGUUCAUGACGCAUCACUACUGCCAUCAUGAGGACAUGGAGGCUGCGAUUGAGCGACGCGACAUCAGCAAAUUUCGAGAUCUGAGGGACUGCGACAAAAGCAUGAUGGCUGUGCUGCAGAGACAUCGCCGAAGCUGGCUUCAACUUGAGCGGAUUGGGACGCAUUUGCUCGAACUGAUCAAGCUUUUUGGACACGAACGGCUUCUAAUCGUGCACGCGGCCAGUAUCAGGGACCAUCCUGCAGAAACAUACGGCCACGUGGUGCGCUGGUUGGGGCUCCGGCCUUUCCCGACGGAUUCGCAGUCCUUCAAGCGGAUGAACUUCCGGCGGGGCCAUCGGACCGAUUUGUGCCGGAAUCAGAGCCUUCAAGCCUCCUUGAAACGCGUGCUGACGCGGGAGUACUCUGCGUUGCGCUUUGCCCUGCAAUGGCAAUGGCUGAUGUUGAAACAGCCAACGGCCUUGAGAGAAGUCGAAUCGCGAAUCACCCGCUGCGACAUUCCCGAGGAGCUGACAGCAGGCCCGUGUGGCUUGCAUGAUUUGAGCCUCGACGGCUGCUGGCUAGUGGUUGGCAACUGCACGGCACGGCGCCGCGCUCGAGGAAAUGGUCCGAAGUCUGGCAUGGUCAAGGGCCGAAGAUUCGAGACGUGGCCCCGGACGGCCGGAACGCUGCGAUGUUCAGACAGAGGCUCCGUUGCGCAGCGCUGCGCUGUGGACUUCGCCGCGGCGCCGGUGCCGUGCCCGGUGGGGCUGCCAGGGACCUACCGCCCCGGCGUCCAUGCGGCGCAGCACAUCGGUCAGCUGAUGCUCCACGCCUCGGAAGUGGUGAAGUGCUGCCAGCGACGCGGAGCUCGCGCCUGGGAGAUUGGAAUGGAGAUGAACAGAGUGGAGGAGAUUCAUCCGGAGCUUUCAAGGACUGGCGGGGCACCGGCCGUGAUGUAUGGCAUUUUCUGUGGCCCGCGGAGCUGCAAUGAGAACAGCAUCGGCCGGGUCGCCAUGCAUCAUUUCAUGGCCCAGCUGUUGAAGCGACCCAUAGAGAUGAUAAGAAGACCAGAGGAAGAUGAGGUGGACGUGGACCCAUCGGAGCUCAUGGCCUGGGCAAAUCUCAGCGCCAGCCUGGACUUCGUGGUGGCUGGCGCGGAACGAUGCGGCACGAGCUCGGUGCAUUUCAACCUCUUCCAGCAUGCAGAGAUCGACUUUACCAGGGGUCCUACCAUGGAGGACUACAGUCUCUUCAUGCAGGGCCAACGCAACAAGUUGGUGCCCAGCAGCUGGUGGCUGCAGCAGCAUCUCACUGCACGGAGCCGCCCCAAAGCACCGUUCGGAACGACGCAGAUCGUUGGGAGAAAGGGGCCUCUCAUGGGGCUGAAGAAUCCGAUGAUCGUGACCUUUCCCUUGUCCUAUCUGGCGAUUGCUCAGAGCGCCAUAAAGAUGAUCCUGGUUCUCUGCGAUCCUCUCCGACGGAUUGAGAAGAUCUUCUGGUACUGGAAAUUUUGUCACGCUGACUUUGAAGCAGCAGUUCAACGUGACGACGCGGCGCCAGAGAUUCUCCGAGGGAAGCACUGCUACGGCAGCAUCAGUGCCUUGCUCCGGGUGGAGUUGCAAAGCUGGCUGCGUGCGCAGCUGGUAGGGCCCCAUUUGCAGGCGAUGAUCCGGUUUCCCAGAGAUCGGCUGCUCGUUCUCCACCAAGCAUCCCUGCGUGCUGAGUCAGCUCGGGAGACCUACAAUUUUGUGGCGAAGUUUUUGGGCGCCAGGCGGCCAUUUCCGGAGAGCUAUCGCUUUCGCCGGCGGCAGUAUCGCUUCGGGCAUCGCACCGAUUUGUGUCAGAAUGCUUCGCUAGAAGCGGCAUUGAAACGGCGUUUGGCUUCUGAGUAUGGUGCCUAUUUGCAGGCGGUCUCGCUUCAGAGCGCCGGAACCUUUCCGCAACCCACCGCGGAGCGCGAGCUGCGGGAGCACGUUUCCCGCUGCGACGACCCCAAGGCGCCCCGGAAUGAUGGGCAACCAGGGAAAGCCGUCGAACAUGGUGGAUUUUGCCCCAAGGUAUUACAAUUUCUACGGGAACACGCAGGUUUACACCAUGAAAUUUGGGGUGGGGUUAGCCGCUUAGCCUUCAGGCAAAACCUGGUGGCAGGAUUCCUUUGA